UUUAUUCAUCAUGAAUAUUUCAGAGUUAUUGAACUUCCUCAAAGAUAAUCCGAAUACUACCGUUCCUUUUCCAUGGAAACAAAUUUAUGAUGUUGAGACAGGACUAAUUUUCUACAAGCAUAUAGAGAAUGGAUUCUUCAUAUAUGAUUUUAGGCCCCUGGUGAACAUCAGAAGAGGAGUGUUUUGGAACAAUUUUUUGUGGUCAGCAUCUAUAGAUUGCCCUGAUACUCGUCAAAUGAUAACAAAUUCUCAAAAUUCAGAUGGUGUUUCAAGUGUUUAUCUUUUUUGCAUUACUUGUUGCGACGACAUCACUAUUUAUUGUAUUGUGGACCAACCUGUGUUUCGAUGCUUUAUCUGUAAUGGUAUAGUUGGGCGACUUCCAUGAUUUAACCAAAUCGUGUGAAAAUUAAUAAAAUUUGUAUUCGUAAUUUA